CCGUGACAUGACGCGACGUCACAAUUUCCACUCUCAUUCUUAACUCCCCUCCCCAUAUUUCUCUAUCAUACACAUCUCGAAUGAGCGAUGCAUCACUACGACAGCAAAAGACAGUUUAGUUCGAUACUCUGCGCGAGAGUUACGAUCCUUUGACGCCCGAAACUAACGAACGGAACUCCUGUAAGCGCUAGCUGCCGCAUACCUAAUGAGGCUCGAAUGGCUACAAAUAGAUAUGACGAGAUAGCAGUGAUGGACGAAGAUAUGAAGGGUGAGGGUGAGGGUGAGGCUUACGGCGCUCAGGGGAAUCAUGGAUUUGGAAAUAUUGAAAGAUCACCGCUCUCGAAACCAAGGAGUUUAUCUGAUGGCGGAGGCACACAAUUAUCACCAUCUCCACAUAUACUCGAAGCAUCAAGGCGCACGUCGAAAGACGAUACAGACAGUUCUCUAGUUAAGGAUAGAAACCAAGAAACAUCAACAUCGGCAUCAGCAUCAGCAUCAGCUGUUAUUGCUACUACUACUACUCCAGUCACACCUAGACGACCAGAAUUUCCUAUGCGCGGAUUGUCGAUACAAAUGCCACAGUGCGAUUCUGUUUCGCCCGCUCAAACACCCAACCACGUCAAACUUGCCCCUCUUUCCCCUAAACUUGAUCAUUCGCAGAUCUAUGCUUCACCAACCAACAUCCUACCUCGUCGCUCUCGUGGCCUUGAUUUUUCCAGAGCCGCCACCAGCUUACAUCAUUCCACCCUUGCCGAACAAUCCUCUCCUGAUUCAUCACCCACUAUCGGCGGACGCGCCAUGAAUAUUCCCGGUCGCGGGAAUGGCGAUUAUCGUCACGAACAACCCUCCACUUCGUUAUGGUCCAUGAUGGGUAAUCAAGAGCGCAUGAAUAUUUCUAGCUCCGUCGGCAGCACAAACCCCCUGGCGUCCGAUUCAUCCUCUAGCUCUGGCGAUGACGACCUUAUGGAUGAAGAAAUGGAGGAUGCUAUCUUCAGCACACCGCAGGUCUCUAAGGGUAGCCAGCAGCUUAGGAACCUACCAUUCGGCUCCGGUAACAACGUCGUUCCGUGGAUGCCAGGGGCGUCGCCAGCCGCCAAUAGUCUUCAGAGCUUCAGAACACGGCCGCGCAGACAUCCCAAGAAAAGACUGCGCGGUCUAGCUGGACUAGGCUUCGGCCCUUCUGCUCCACCCUCCUUCUCUAAGUCGCCGCCUAACAACGUCGUCAAGGAUCUUAGGGACGCUUCUAUUCCUCACAACCGAAGAGAAAGCAUCAGCUGGGCUGCCAACCAGUUACAUAUCUCAGGCAGCGAGAGCGACGACAAGUCUAUAGACGCAAGCGAUACCCUAUCUAGAGAUGGUACGAGAGGCGUUGUUAAACGACCCGUCACACGACGGGGCAGUCUACUACCAAAGACGAAGGGGUUCGCGCGUAUUCGUGCCGCCCUCAUGGAGGAGAGCGCCCCAGUGGACUCGGAGACUCGCCGGGAGGCGGAAGUUAUUCGCCAAGUCCGCGAAAGCGACAUGGACCUUGAGCCCCGUGUACCACCUGGUCCACAGCCGGCUCUUGAUAUCCCCAACAUGUCUACCGCUCAAUCCUCUCCAAACCUAGGGACUGCACAAGAUUCUCUCGACGACAUACCGGAAGACGAUAUGAUGACCGACUCCGGCUUAUCGAGCAGCUUCAAGCAACAGGCCUUGAAGAACUCGAAGGGCAAAAACUUCUGGGAAACCUUCUCCGAGACAAGCAGCGUCGCAGGUACGCGAGUUACGCCACCGCCUUCAUCCCUCAUGCCUAGGGGGUCAUCAUCCGGGAUGAGCGAGGACGUAAAUAUGGACUCACCAUCCCUCUCAGCGGGUCCAGGCUUGUUCGGUUCAGGCCAAAAUACCGGCCCGGCAUCCGGAAGCGAGGGCCAAAGAUCGGAUACCCCACAACAGUCUUUCCUCCCGCCAUCCAUGCUUCAAGGAGGUGGCAUACCGCCAACUGCAGCAGAGAUCACGCGUCGUAUCAAUAACAAGAGGAGACGCGAUGAUGACUACUUUGACACGCAUGGACUCAAGCGAAGAGCAGUCAGCCCGGGCAUGAACAGUGUCCACGGGUCGCCAGUGACGCAGAGCCCGCUGCAGAGGGACGGGGGACCGUGGGGGCCCGGGUCCAGACCGGGAAGUAAUCAUGGCGUCGAGAGGGAGAGGGAUAAGACGUCGGGGACGGGAACGCCAAGCGAAAAUGGGAGUGUUGGCGGGAACGGCAAUGGAAAUGGAAAUGGGGGAGGAAGGAUGAUUAAUGGCAAGGGACGAGUGGGGUUCCAGGGGAUGGUGGAUACGAAUGACGGACUCAUGCGCAUGAGCAUUGAGUAGGGUUCAAGUCGUGCCGUACAGACGUGACAAGACGUCGCGAGGAGAAGGAGUUGUAAGAGGGGGGAAAUAGCAGCGAGCUGUGGGCCAGGACUAACUAACUACUAGGGAAUAGUAGUAGUAUGGGCUUUGCUAGAUGCAGCUGCGGAAGAAUAGGGGAGCAGUACUGCUGAUACUGAUACCCCCCAGGUAUGUCUAACAUACAUAUCUAUCUAUUGCAAGGCGUUAUGUUGCAAAGGGCAUACUCAUAAUGCAUGAUGAUUAUUAAUAAUAAAAUUAAGAGGUACUUAUUGUUGUACUCGGCUGUGGG